GGAGGACGGUCACGUGUGCUCUACCUGACUGCCACGUCACUACCUGCUCUUCUUUUUAUUUAACUAGGCAAGUCAGAUAAGAACACAUUCUUACAAUGACAGCCUACUGGGGAACAGUGGGUUAACUGCCUUGUUCAGAAGAACAGAUUUUUACCUUGUCAGAUUGGGGAUUUUAUCAAGCAACCUUUUGGUUACUGGCCCAACGCUCUAACCACAAGGCUACCAGCUCUUCUCACCUCAGCUGGCUGUCUGUUUCAGAUCGUAUAUGGCUGUGGUAGUAUGGGCCCUGUCUGUUCUGUUACUGCUGGUCCUGUCUUCCCCGGGGGUCUGCUCAGCUCCCAGCGCCCAGCACCUGUGUGGCUCUCACCUGGUGGAUGCCCUCUACCUGGUCUGUGGGGAACAAGGGUUCUUCUAUAACCCCAACAGAACCCCCAGAGACCUACUCCUGCAACACCUCAUAGGGUUCCUGUCUAAGAGCAGACAGGGUUGGAGGGUGAAGCAGGAACGUCCGUGGAAGGACCAUGAAGACCAGAAGGUGAAAAGAGGCAUUGUGGAACAGUGCUGUCAUAAGCCAUGUAGCUUCAGCCACCUGCAGAGCUACUGCGACUGACUGGAGUCUACUCCUCAGUCUACACUCGAUUGACAAGAGCGCAGACUAGCCUCAAGAGCUACUGGUGGAAGGACAUGUCAAUCUUGUAUAAAUCUAAAUGUCAAGGGGGGGGGGGGACUACAGAAAAAAAUUAAACAACUGUAUGACCAGUAACAGACUGUUGGUAUGUUGAAGACAGUGGGUCUUUGUUCCAAUGUGGGAAGUUAUGAAGGAAAAAGGAGAUACAAAUCAGGGGGUAAAAAAAACAGUCAGGCAAGACAAAGGGUCCAGAGUGUGAUGUGAUUGCAAUCCUAGAAUGCUCUCUACUGGCUACAGAGGAGUGUGGCUGUUGAUGUCAGGAGAUGAGCAGCAGAGCCAUGCAUUUUGAGAAUUGAAUUUACAAACGCACCACAUUAAACAUGGGGAAUAUAAAUAAUAUCUAACUGAAUGCCUAA